UGAUAUACAAGUUCUCCUUCAAAGCUGUGAUUACGGUUACAAAUAUGUGCGGCUUCGACAAACAGAAGGGUCCUGGUAGGCUGAUGAAGAAAGGACUCUCCCUCAUUGUAGUUGGUCAUGUUAAUUUCAUCCUGAGUGCUAUUGUUCAUGGCAGUGUGUUACGACACAUUUCCAAACCCAACAAUGAGAUCACAACUGAGUACACUAUAUCAAACAUCAUCUCUGUCACCUCAGAACUACUGAGCAUCGCGAGUGGAAUUGUCGCCAUAUUGGUGUCCAGGAAUAUUACCAACCUGAAGCUACACAUUGGUCUGUUGGUGAGCUCGUGCCUGAAUGCCCUGCUCUCGUCAGCGUGUUUUGUGGGGCUGCUUUUGGCAAUCAGCCUCACCAUUUCAAACAACGGGUCCAUGCUCAUGAAAGGAUGCAAUUCCACUAACAUGCCCGUGAAUGCACGUUCUCCGAUCAUCGUCGACUGCCCUUUCGAUGCCACCCGCAUCUAUGACACAACUCUGGAGCUAUGGUUCUUCUGUGCUGGGUUUACUGCCGUAGAGGCCACACUGUCUGUGUGGUGUUUUAUUGUGGGUCUUGCUUUAAGAGGAAUCGGACCCUAUGCGCAUACUUGCAUCAGAGAGCAGGUAAAACAUCAGUGGCAUCUAGAGAUGAAGCUGCUUUCGAUGGGGGACAGGGGACGUCUUGGGCACUCCGACUGGUCUGCGGCUACGCAGCCCCAUACUCAUCAGGAUGUGGUGCACUGUGUGUUGUGACCCAUUCCUCCUGUAAUCAUCAUUAAAUCAGUUGACCUUCUGUCAGUUUGGACCAGACAGGAUAUCCUUAUUGCCCUCGUGCAUCGAAGAGCUUUGGGCACCCAACACCCUGUCGCUGGUGCGUCCCUCAUCGGACCACUGUCGGUAGGUACUCACCACUGCUGACACACUUGCCGUUUCAGAGAUUCUCUGACCAAGGCGACUGGCCAUAACUAACUGGCCCUUGUCAAAGCUGCUCAGGUCUCUACUCCUGCCCAUUUCUCCUGCAUUCAACACUGGACGUUCACUUGCAUCUAAUCAACCCAGACCUUAACAUGUGGCCUUGUUAGGAGAUAAUCAAUGUUAUUCGCUUCACCUAUGAGUGGUCAUAAUGU